ACAGGAAAAUACAUUGUGUAAGUAACAUUUAUAAACAGUAUAUGAAGAUUCACAGCCAAAGCAAAAAGCCUGCGAGCGAGGAGAGCAUCCGCCGCAGGAGCCGGCAGGCUGUGAGCCACGUUCCUGCUCAGCCGUGUGGGAGCUCAUCAUACCUCGUCCCUCCUCCGUCCCCUGACCGCCAGUGUGGGCACUGCGACAUGGACCUGGGCACUGCUGCGGGACUGCGGUCUGCUGGGAGGACGUGGGCUCUGGGCUCUCGUGGCAUCUGCUACCUGGGCAUCGCUGCCAUCACAUGGGGCGCGGUGACGCGUGUGGAGGUGGGUGCCUGGACAUACCACUACAGUGACCAAGGGGACUAUACGUGGGAGCAGGCGAGGAACUACUGCCAGACCUUCUUCACCGACCUGGUGGCAAUCCAGAACAAGCAGGAGAUCGAGUACCUCAACGAGAGCCUGCCCUUCCAUGGGCGCUACUACUGGAUCGGCAUCCGCAAGCUGGGUGGCACCUGGACCUGGGUGGGCACCAGGAAGGCGCUGACGAAGGAGGCGGAGAACUGGGCAGACGGGGAGCCCAACAACCGCCGCUCCAACCAGGACUGCGUGGAGAUCUACAUCAAGCGGCAGUGGGAGUCGGGCAAGUGGAAUGACGAGCCCUGCAACCGGAAGAAAAAGGCGCUGUGCUACCGGGCCUCCUGCCAGCCGUUCCCAUGCAGCCAGCGUGGCGAGUGCGUGGAGACCAUUGGGAGCUACCGCUGCGAGUGCUACCCCGGCUUCCAUGGCCCUGAGUGCGAGGACGUUGUGCAGUGCACCAAGCUCGAGCCCAAGGGAGUGAGCAUGAACUGCAGCCAUCCCUACGGAGACUUCAGCUACAACUCCACCUGCGUGUUUGGGUGCCAGGAGGGGUUCGAGCGGCGAGGGGUGGGCAUGUUGCAGUGCCUGCCUUCGCAGCAGUGGUCAGCAGACACCCCCACAUGCACAGCCAUCACCUGCCCAGUGCUCAGUGCUCCAGACCGGGGAGAGCUGAACUGUUCCCACCUCCAUGGGGACUUCGCCUUUGGCUCCACGUGUGCCUUCUCCUGCCAGAUGGGGUUUGCACUGAUGGGGUCAGAGAGCCGUGAGUGCACAGCCAUGGGGACCUGGACUGGGGAUGCCCCACGAUGUGAAGCCAUCGCCUGCCCGGUUCUCAGCGCACCAGACCAGGGAGAGCUGAACUGUUCCCACCUCCACGGGGACUUUGCCUUUGGCUCCACAUGUGUCUUCUCCUGCCAGACGGGGUUUGCACUGAUGGGGUCAGAGAGCCGUGAGUGCACAGCCACGGGGACCUGGACGGGGGAUGCCCCACGAUGUGAAGCCAUCACCUGCCCGGUUCUCAGCGCACCAGACCGGGGAGAGCUGAACUGUUCCCACCUCCACGGGGACUUCGUCUUUGGCUCCACGUGUGCCUUCUCCUGCCAGACAGGGUUUGCACUGAUGGGGUCAGAGAGCCGUGAGUGCACAGCCAUGAGGACCUGGACUGGGGACUCCCCACACUGUGAAGCCAUCACCUGCCCAGUUCUCAGCGCACCAGACCGGGGAGAGCUGAACUGUUCCCACCUCCACGGGGACUUCGUCUUUGGUUCCACGUGCGCCUUCUCCUGCCAGACGGGGUUUGCGCUGUCAGGGCCAGGGAGCCGGGAGUGCACAGCCAUGGGGACCUGGACUGGGGACUCCCCACACUGUGAAGCCAUCACCUGCCCAGUGCUCAGUGCUCCACACCGAGGAGAGCUGAACUGCUCCCACGUCCAUGGGGACUUCACCUUUGGCUCCACAUGCACCUUCUCCUGCCAGACGGGGUUUGCACUGACAGGGCCAGGGAGCCGCGAGUGCACGGCCAUGGGGACAUGGACUGGAGAUGCCCCACGCUGUGAAGCUAUCACCUGCCCAGUGCUCAGUGCUCCAGACCGAGGAGAGCUGAACUGCUCACAUCUCCACGGGGACUUUGCCUUUGGCUCCACGUGUGCCUUCUCCUGCCAGAUGGGGUUUGCACUGAUGGGGUCAGGGAGUCGUGAGUGCACAGUCACAGGGACCUGGACAGGGGAUGCCCCACACUGUGAAGCCAUCGCCUGCCCAGUGCUCAGUGCUCCAGACCGGGGAGAGCUGAACUGCUCCCACCUCCAUGGGGACUUCGCCUUUGGCUCCACAUGUGCCUUCUCCUGCCUGAUGGGGUUUGCACUGAUGGGGUCGGAGGGCCGUGAGUGCACAGCCAUGGGGACCUGGACUGGGGAUGCCCCACGAUGUGAAGCCAUCGCCUGCCCAGUGCUCAGUGCUCCAGACCGGGGAGAGCUGAACUGCUCCCACCUCUAUGGGGACUUCGCCUUUGGCUCCACAUGUGCCUUCUCCUGCCAGACGGGGUUUGUGCUGAUGGGGUCGGAGAGCCGUGAGUGCACGGCCACAGGAACCUGGACGGGGGAUGCCCCACAAUGCAAAGCCGUCAGCUGCCCGAUGCUGGACCCCCCCAGCAGAGGCCAGUUGAGCUGCUCUCAUGUGUAUGGGAACUUCACCUACAACUCCACAUGCACCUUUUCCUGCGAGGAGGGGUUUGUUCGGAUGGGAGCAGAGGUGCUCUGGUGUGCGGCCACAGGGAACUGGACCAGGCAUCCCCCUGUCUGUGCAGAGGACAGUGCCCCCUUCUUAAAGCAAGUCCUGGCUUACAGCAGCGGCACAGCUCUGGCAAUAGCUGGUAUCGUGCUCUCGGGGACACUCAUUGCUCUCCUUGCCAAGCGGCUCAGCAACAGAGAGGAGAAGAAGAAGCUCCUGAACCCCACCAGUGACCUAGGAUCGCCGGGCAUCUUCACCAACGCAGCGUACAACGCCAACCUGUAAGCCUGGCCGUGACCAAAACCCACCACGUCCCCCAGUGCCGCAGACCCAGCGGGAGCUACUGCCAGGGCCCAGAGGGACUUCACGCCCCGGGCAGCAGUCCGGACUGCUGGCGCCGGGUGGAAACCGCCCCCACGCUGCGUGUACACCCCCCCCACCCCCCCGCGGGGAGCGGAGCUGCCUUCCUGCACCACCCACGCGUGAAGACCUGUGAAGACCUCUGAAGACCCACCUGGGGCCCUGGGCCGCCUUCACCGCGCUCUGGGGACGGGCCUGCCGCCCGGCCCUUCCCCUCACGGAGCUGCCUCCCUGCCUUCGGACGUGCCCCCGCGGCUCCCCCCAUUCGCGCUUCUGGCGACGGGCUUGUGUCAGCGGGACCUGAAUAAACGCCUGUGUCUAACGA